GUUCAUCGCUCUCCUCGACGACGCCCUCUGCUUCGCUUCUUAUCGCAAAGUUGUCAAGCACCGGGAUUCCGUGUUGCUUCAAGCCCUUGCGUGUUGCGCCGUGCGAUUGUGCUGUUCAGCCGCCUCAUCUCCUUUUCAUCUAGUUACCUCCGUCUCGUGACGAGGUAGCACUGUUCGUCCGCCUAACUUACGCUCCUACUUGGACAACAUCUUUCGUCGACCUUCCUUACAGGAUAUCUCGACGACUGCCAGUCGCUACUUUCAAUUGAUUUUCCGGCCAGAUCCGCCUGUACCUGUAACUUGUUCAACGAAUCCUUCGAUGUCGGCCGGCUCCACUACGACUUUCGCUCCGUAUCUACGAUAAUUUUCGCAACCACCUGUCUCGCCUAUAUCUAUACAUUGCAAGCAUCUGCCGCACAAACCCCUGCGACUCGACAAAUCAUCGGCCUAAGCGUGCCAGACUCUUAAGCCUAGUAUGCAGCGGCGCCAUUCAGUCACCAUGGCCGCCCGCAACAACAACAAUAAUUCGCGAGGCCCCUCGGGCAGGAAAAUUGAUCCUCUUCUCCCCUACUCCAUCAUCUCUGAAAAGACCAAGAAGCCAAGACUUCGGAUCCGGUCUCUCUUGGGUCCAUGUCAUGCCCGGCGAGUCUUCACCUGGCUUCUGGGUGUGGCCUUCCUCAUUACUCUGAUUUUUGUCAAGUCAAGGAGCUCCGGCUACAGUGUUGGAAAGAUGAGCGGUACCAAGACUCAACAACCCAUAGCCACAGCUACUGUCGUGAACACCCAGGGCGAGACUGUUGUCAUGCUCACCGGUGACAUGGAUGGUGACGGAAAGCUCGAAACCGUACCGGAGAACGAGUAUGUCACCGCUGACGAAAAGAAGGAAGUUGCUGCGCAGCUUGAAAAAAUGCCUUGGUUGAGAUUCCCUCAUCUCGACGGUUACUUUCAUGGUCUCCGAACCAUCGUUAGCAAGGCCAACUUAAUUACGGAAUAUCCCAACAUUACUGACAAGGCCCCGCUGCCUUCUCCUGCCAUGAACGACCACGUGCCCAAGCCUCAAAAGUAUAUUCCUUAUGAUCAUGAUAGCGAUGUCAAGACUUGCUACCUCGACGCCAAGAAGACAGUCCCCGCCCCGGAUCUGUAUGCUUUCAACGGUGUUCCCCAGCAUAUGCCUGAUCCCGCGAUUGGCUCCUACAAGCUGCUCGGCAUUCGAGAUGAUGUUUGCUUCGAUCGCUUCAGCCGAUACGGACCUUACGGCCUGGGCUAUAGCAGAGCCCAAGGUGGUCUGGAUACCGGUCUUGACACUGAGGCAUCUGGAAACGAGGCAGUUUGGGCAGAAACUGGCAAAAUCAACUACAUCGACGUGAACUGGGCUGAUGCCCAGGAAGAUUGUUACAAGGCCAACAAGCAUCGUUUUAAGCAGGUCAACGCUGAUACCGGCGAGCUCUCGGAAACCAGUAACAAGAAAGGACGCAUCGCCGUCGUUGUCCGUACAUACACUGGCUUCAAGUGGACUGAACUUGCUGUCCUCAAUUUCCGUGCCCUUAUCAGCGAGCUUUCGCUGCGAUCGGGCGGUGAAUAUCAAGUUCAUUUCCUGAUGCAGGUACGAAACAUCGACGAGCCCAUCUGGUCAGACAAGUGGACUGUACAGCGCAUCAUCAACGACAACGUUCCCGCCGAGUUUCGAGGUCUGGUUUCGCUUUGGAGCGAGCCCCAAAUGAGACUCAUGUACCCCGGUCGAUUCGGAGAGACGAUCGAAAACCCCAGUGGCGCCGAUAUUCACGGUAUCUACCGAAGCGCCCAUUUCCCACUCCAGGUUUUCGCCAUGCAGCAUCCCGAAUAUGAGCACUACUGGAACUGGGAGAUGGAUAUGAGAUACCUCGGCAGUUACUACGAGUUCUUUGACCGCCUUGGCAAGUGGGCUAAGGAGCAGCCGCGAACCCUCCUCUGGGAGCGCAGCGCUCGUUACUACAUCCCCCCUUACCACGGAACCUGGGAGAACUUUUCUCAGACUGUUCAACAUGACACGCUGGCCUCUGGUCGCGCUCCCAUUUUUGGUCCUCUGUCCUUCGAAGGCAAGGAACAAUUACGACACGAUGAAUGGGGUCAAUCCAUGAUGCCUGCUUCAUGUAGUUCUGAUGCUCCUGAUCGUUCCAAGUGUGGUGUUGGUGAGGACGCUGAUAUCAUCACUCUCAACCCUCUGUUCGAUACUGAGCAAUCCGGCUGGGUUUUCUCAGAUGACGCUACCGGAUACAAGGCUCCUCCUCCUCGACGAUGCGCCAUCAUCACCGCUUCUCGUCUUAGUCGCCGUCUUUUAAUGUCGAUGCACGAGGAAGUCUGGCGAUACCACCACACCAUGUUCUCGGAGAUGUUCCCGCCUACUGUUGCGUUCCACCAUGGUAUGAAGGGAGUGUAUGCCCCGCAUCCUAUCUUCCUGGACCGGGCCUGGUAUCCCUUUAGCGAAAUCGAUGCUGCCUUCAACGCUGGUCGUGACCACUCAACAUCUGGCCCCGGCAGUCCCUUUGACCAGCUCAACGAACAUAACCACAAGGGCACCAGCUGGUAUUUUAACAGCGAGUUUGCCGGUCUCUUGUGGCGCAGGUGGUUAGGCUAUGCCCAACUCGACGGUCGUGGCAAGCAUGGUGGCCGUGCCAACGAAGGACAUGAGCGAGGUGGCAAGACGGAAGAGAUGAAGGACAGCAGCAGCGGCCGCUUAUGUCUGCGUGGUAUGCUGGUGCACCCCAUCAAGUUUGAGCAUCCUUCAGAGAAGCCUUAAGCUGAGGGGCGCAGAAUAAGAGUCCUUCACUUGUCGCCGUCAUGAGCAAGGCGACGCUAUUUGUCCAUCCUCGACCAGCGCACACGACAGACAUCACCACGCACAUAUGCAUUUGCAGGAGCAUUUGUACAAAUAUACCCACGACUAUUACUGAAUGGCAAGACAUCCGAUUCCCAACACCACGAUGAGAAGGGUGAUGACGCGAAUUCUAUGCAUCUAUUUUAUCAGUUACUUCCUUCGCCCGGCUUGCAUUCCGUUUACGGAACCAGCGAACUUGUCCUAGACCUACCUAGACACUUUAUUAUUUGAACCUUACCUUCUAUUUUCUCUUCCAUCGUCUGGGUAUUCUCUGCAGUCAAGGAGUUCCAGAACACCGUCCUAAUCAAUUCUUUUUAUUCCCGACUGGGAAUGUUAUGAGGUUGUCUGCAUCAUUCAACACUAAAAACCUGUGUUUUAACUCGUCUGUUUAUUCUCUGUUCUCAUUUUAUCAAUCAGUGUGGCAUGUCGUUUCUGGGUACGAGACAUCCAGGACUAGGCGCGGAAAGGGUCUCCGCCCAUGCUACAGGGCGUUUUGGACUGGGGGGGAUUUUGGGAAGACACAUGUGAACAUGGUGCAACUUGUAUAGAUUCAAUCUAGUAUUAGAGGUGGCAGUUUGGAGUGAGAUUUCAUCAAGGUUUGAAACCAAUUUCGAAGCCGAUUCUGAGUCGUGUACCUAUCAGUGCUGUUUGUGAUGCAUGAUGCUGUUUAAAUUAGCCUUGUUCUUGUUUAAGAUGAAAGAACUUUUUGGGCGAAACGUGCGAUAGACGUUGUCUACCUGUCAAGGUUAUGGUGCAUAAGGUUGCUGUCAACAAUGACAAGGAAAUGGCCAUUCCUUUCGAUCUUUGCAAAGCAACUAUAAGGGGCGAGGCACAGCACACAAACAUUAGUAGUUACCUAGGUAUAUAACAUCUUGUCCUGUUGUUGAAAUAAUGAAUGGUAUUGAGUUUGA